UUCUCCCUUCAAUUAUCUAUCACACCACCACUCUCUCUCUUUCUCUCCAAAUAUGGCUAAGAUGGGCUUGAAACCCGACCCGGCUACUACUAACCCGACCAACAAUAAUGCCAAGGAGAUUCGUUACAGAGGCGUUAGGAAGCGUCCUUGGGGCCGUUAUGCCGCCGAGAUCCGAGAUCCAGGCAAGAAAACCCGUGUCUGGCUUGGUACUUUCGAUACCGCUGAAGAGGCGGCGCGUGCUUACGAUACGGCGGCGCGUGAUUUUCGUGGAGCUAAGGCUAAGACCAAUUUCCCGACUUUUCUCGAGCUGAGUGAUCAGAAGGUGCCUACCGGUUUCACGCGUAGCCCUAGCCAGAGCAGCACGCUUGACUGUGCUUCUCCUCCGACGGUGGUUGUGCCAUCAGCGACGGUUGGGAAUGUUCCGCCGCAGCUUGAGCUUAGCCUCGGAGGAGGCGCGUGUUAUCAGAUCCCGAUGGCGCGUCCUGUCUACUUUUUGGACCUGAUGGGAAUCGGGAACGUAGGUCGUGGUCAGCCUCCUCCUGUGACAUCGGCGUUUAGAUCGUCGGUGGUGCAUGUUCCGACGAAGAUGGCUUGUGGGGCCCAGAGCGACUCUGAUUCGUCUUCCGUCGUUGAUUUCGAAGGUGGAAUGGAGAAGAGAUCUCAGCCGUUCGAUCUAGAUCUAAACUUGCCUCCCCCGUCGGAACAAGCCUGAGCUUUUAACGGUGUCGUUUCAAUUCGAUGCGCAUGCGUUUUUUUUCCUUUGAGCUGGGAGAAUUCGUUUUUCA